CGCAGAGCGGUCAUGAAAUGUUGAGCAGGUUGUGAACGUUACUUCACUAAUACGCUGUGUUUCGAAAAUAUAAGUCGCGCGUAUUAUUAAACUUUGUGGUUCUUUAAUAAUAGAAGAAUUUUAAAUUAUUAAUAAAUAGAUGUUAAACUAGUAAUGUUAGUUAUAAAUUUUAAUUCGUUUGUUUCUAUUUCGUGAUGUGUAUUUUAGAGAUUUUAUUUAUUAAGUGUUUGUGAAUAUAUUAGCAAUGGAUUCCGAUGAGCACAUUCAGGCAUUUUUGAACUGUACCCAGAAAAUACUGGGUCAGUAUCAGCUCUGGGAAAACUUAAAUGUGACGCAAAUUUUGGAUGCUCUUCCUGAACAGUUACGUGAAGAUAUGUCACUCAAAGUAACUCUCAGUAACUGCAUGGGUUUGGGCAAGAGGCCGUAUGUUCCCCCGUGGUGGGGUCAGCUUUGCUGGUUCAUCAUAUUUGCCGUGAUGUUACUACUGGCUGUUGUUGGAAAUACAUUAGUCAUUUGGAUUGUUCUAGCUCACCGUCGUAUGCGGACUGUAACAAACUGCUUCCUAGUCAACUUGGCAGUGGCAGAUCUCCUGAUGGCGACAUUGAACGGAGCACCCAACUUUGUAUUCCUGGUCACCGCACACUGGCCCUUCGGAUCGAUUACUUGUACUGCCAGUAACUUCACAGCCAACCUUACAGUGUCGGCUGGAGUUUUCACUCUUGUUGCUAUCACUGUUGACAGGUAUGUAGCGAUUGUAAAGCCUCUCCAACACCGGCUCAGUCGUCGCAUGGCGCGAACAGUCUUGUUCACAGUUUGGUGUGCGAGUGCUUUACUGGCUCUUCCAAGUCUCAUUUACUCCGACACAUAUACUAAAAAGUACAUAAAUGACGAGAGAGAAAUAUGUUUCGUGAAGUGGCCAGAUGGAAGCUAUCCUACAUCCAGAAUUGAUUACAGUUAUAAUCUAGUAUUUUUAAGUGUGACCUACGUGGUUCCGAUGUCUGUUAUGGUGUGGGCUUACUUACGCAUGAGUGCUGCAUUACGAGGCAGAGCUAUAGGCGAGUGCACACACCAUCAGAUGCAAGUUGUGAGGGCCAAGAGAAAGGUGGUUCGUAUGUUCGUGUUAGUGGUGAUGGUAUUCGCUCUGUGCUGGCUGCCGUACCACGCCUACUUCAUCCUUGUAUACCACCACCAGUCGCUGGCUUCCGCACCGUUCGCUCAACACAUCUACCUGGCAUUCUACUGGCUCGCUAUGGCCAACUCCAUGUUUAAUCCACUGAUUUAUUACUGGAUGAGUAACAAAUUCCGAAUAUAUUUUCGCUUAGUGCUGUGUUGGUGUCGGACUGUCAAGUCUGCGACACCGAACGACUUGAAGAAGCAGCUUGAUAUGCAGAAAUCAUUUUCUGUGAGUCACAGACAUUUUCAAGAUGGCUCGUCAUACAGCAAGAGGUGACAUUCGCGACGGCGGAGCAACCAAUCCGGCUCCCUUACUCAAAAUGAGCAUUUGAACACCAGUUCAAUUUUGCUACACGAAGGCAGUAUUCACAGGAAGCCUUUGGAAGCUGUACCGGGAACAAGCCGAUUUUAUUGUGAUGAUCAAUUGUGAAUUAACUGUGAAUAGUGUAUAUAUUUUUAAUUGCUUAAUAAGCGAUAUAUGUAUACGAAACCCCAAAUAUCGUACAUUAACGAUUAAAUUCAUUUAUAAUUAAUUACGUCAUACAAAAGCAUAAUAGCUAUAUUCUGUUAACAGAGACAUUAAAAUGAUACAAGAUUAUAUUUUGUUUAUGUAAAAAAACAUAAUUAUGACUAUCCAUUACAUAGAAUGUACUAUAAUAUAGAUUAUUGUAAAUUAUUAGUAAUAUGCUUCGCAAAAAAAUAAAGUGUUUAAGUACCGCAA